AUUGGUGUAUUUCGACUUUCCCCCGCAGAAAACAUCCUUGGCAACAUUGGAAGGUCAAGCCCGACAUUGUUUUCAGCCCGGAUACACAGAAACAAUCCUCAAAUAGAGCAGAACGGAAAGUGCUCAAAGACAAGUGAUCUGAAGUGGCUCGUCCCCUCUAGUUUUCAGCCUGUUACCUAGUUACUAGCAGUGAUCAACAGUAGAUCAUCUGAAGAGGAGUAAGCAUGAACUGAUAACAAACCUGGACAGUCACAUUGCCUUGAGGUACUCAUAUUUAGAGCUACGACCGAAAACGUAUUCUAAUCAGGUGCUGUGGCAUUAUGGUGACCACACAAUAUGUGAUCAUCAUUAGUAGGAUCCCAGAUAAUGAUUAAAAUCUAACCAAUAAAUACAGCACGCAAUUCUGCGCUCCGAAAAACUACCGAUCGCACCAAAUAUAUGAUAGGUCUCUGAGGCAGUCUCGAUUUUGAAUAGAUUAUACCAGAAAUGGUGUUGAAACUAGACAAAAAUGUGGCCAGUGUUUUCAUGUUUAUAUGCUUAUCGUUAAAAGAACAGUCACACGUACACCACAUGGGUAAAACUGUACUAUGAAAAUGAUUGUUUGUGAUAUUUACAAUCCCCGCAACACUACAGAGCAGAAAUAAAAAAUCAGUGCGACUUUACGCGUUUAAGUCCAAACCAGAGGAUUAAGGUUUUGAAAGGGAUUUAUAUACCACGGCUGGAAAAGAAAGAGAGGACUUCCUUGAGUAUGAGCAGUACAGGGUGCGUGCUCCUCUCAAGUGGGAGACACUCUUCUGCAGAGUCAAAGGCAAAUCAGAUAAGCAUGGCAGACGGAGCCAAAGUCGAGAGAGAAUCCGUCUCCAAACCGACUCACGGACGGUCCGCCGCCGACGCUAAUCCCAGCCAAGUAACCAGAAACUUAAUUCCAGUCAAGAUCGACAGUUUUGACAGUUAUAUGGAUGAACUGUUUUGUCAGGGAGCGGGUUCAGGUGGUAAAGCCAUGGUCGGUAGCCUGUUGUCUCCCGUGCGUAAUGUGGACGCACUGUCUCUUACACCUUGCUCCAGGAGUGAGCAGGCGAUCUGGCAAGCGAGCACAGAAAUUACCGGACUUCGGGGCAAACAUGCGGGGAAAACCCCAAAAGCUGAACCCCAGCCCUGGACAUCUCCAGAAAGGCUGCACCAGACGGGGGAACAACCUGCGUUAAUAGACAGGGAGCAAAAAGAAACUUUGGAAACUCUGAUCGGAGAAGCCAGCUCAGCAGUUCAUUUGGAAAAGUUUAUGACAGACAAGCAAACGUUCGGGGUGGAAGCACAAUCUUCUCAUUUCGACUUUUCCGCAAAUUUACUGCAUCUGAACGCGGCAAACGGCACCGCAGCGCCUCAACAACUCGACUUUCCGGGAAGCCUUUCGGUGCUUCGCUCCUGUCCGGCUAACGAACAGACGCUUUUCGGCGAGGGCAGCACUUUAGGGAUCGCACUGCCGCUCGUCCCCCAGAUCAAGGCAGAUCCCGGCGACCUGCCGCCUCUUACCGAUGACAGAGCCGCGGACGGGGACGUGAUGGGUUACGCGCAAAGCCUGGCGAUGCUCGCCGAUCCGUGCAGGAUGGUAGCGGCGUCUGCGCUUUGGCGACAGGCAGGUCUGCCGGAGGAUCAGCACCAGGACGCGGCUCUGUCCCCGUGUAGGACCUCCGGCGCUCCGGACACCUACAGCGCCUAUAUUGGCGUGUUACCCCAGCGGGUGUGUUUCAUCUGUGGGGACGAAGCUUCUGGGUGUCAUUACGGCGUCCUGACCUGCGGGAGCUGCAAGGUGUUCUUCAAGAGGGCUGUAGAGGGUCACCAGAAAUAUUUGUGUGCUGGACGGAAUGAUUGCAUCGUGGAUAAGAUUCGCAGGAAAAACUGCCCGGCAUGCCGACUGAGGAAGUGCUACCAGGCGGGAAUGAUGCUGGGAGGUCGGAAACUGAAGAAGUUCGGCACGCUGAAAGCCGUGGGUCUGACUCAGGCCCUGGCCGUCCCUUCCCCGUCGGGCCGCUCCUGCGACGGCCAGGCUCUGCAGUCCUGGUCCUGCUUCCCCACCUUACAGGAGCUCAGAUUCUCCCCACAAAUCAUUAGUAUCCUGGAGAACAUCGAACCUGAGAUGGUGUACUCUGGCUAUGAUAACAGCCAGCCGGAUCUUCCCCAUCUCCUGCUGAGCAGCCUCAACAGGCUGUGCGAGAGGCAGCUGCUCUGGAUCGUGAGAUGGUCUAAGUCAUUGCCAGGCUUUCGCAGUUUGCACAUCAAUGAUCAAAUGUCCCUCAUCCAGUACUCCUGGAUGAGUCUGAUGUUGUUCUCUCUUGGUUGGAGAUCAUUUCAGAACGUCACCAAAGAGUAUCUGUACUUCGCUCCCGAUCUUGUUCUGCAUGAGGACAGAAUGCGACGAUCCCCCAUAUCUGAGCUGUGUAUAGCCAUGCAGUUCAUCCCUCAGGAAUUUGCUAACCUGCAAGUGACAAAGGAAGAGUUCCUCUGCAUGAAGGCUCUGAUAUUGCUCAACACAGUGCCACUGGAGGGCCUGAGGAGCCAGGAGCACUUUGACUCCAUGCGACAGAGCUACAUCCGUGAGCUCCGCAGGGCCGUCCAGCUGAAGGAGGAGGAGGGAGUGCUGAUUUACUCCCAGCGCUUCUACCAGCUGACCAAACUGAUGGACGCCAUGCACGAGAUAGUGAAGAAGGUGAAUUUGUACUGCCUGAGCACCUUCAUCCAAGCGGACACCCUCCAGGUGGAAUUUCCCGAGAUGAUGUCAGAGGUCAUCUCCUCCCAGUUGCCCAAGAUAUUAGCGGGCAUGGUGAAACCCCUCCUUUUCCACGCAAAGUGACGUCACAGCGCCAGAAGGUCAGGAGCCAUCCGUGAUGGAUCAAGGGAAAGACCGUUAUCUCUCGUCCUGAAGCGGAUGUAAUACAGAAUCCUUGUAGGGAGUCAUUUCCACUGUAGACAUAUAACUAAUAUCACUCAAAAAUGAGCAUCUGUUAUUUUUCGAUAUGAUAUCUUAUGUUUUACACGUCAUUCUGCCUCGUGGGUCUCAUACGUGUUCUCAGUGCAACACGGGUUUCAGAAAUAACAGGGUGAGUCGGGACAGGGUCAGAAUUUAAUAAAGGACUCAAAUUCAAUAGCAUAGAUGAAGUGAAGGAAAACAGUUUGUACUUGGAUGUGUAUAUAGUGUUUUCAUGGAAACUCCUGUGUAAGCCUGUCAAGUAGCUGUGUGGGAGUGCAAACGUGACUUUUACGGCGACCCCCCCGAUGGUCCCGUGCUUAUCUGGUCUCACACAAGACAAACAGUGAUGCUUACGGCAGUCAUUAUAAGAACCUUACGGCCUGUUUUGUCUUUUCGCUAAAAUGCAACAUUUUGCUCCAAAAUCAUAUUAUAAACAGCUGUUUGUAACAUUACUGUGAUGUUUCUCAGCUCUUAAAAGUGUUCUGUAAAUUAUGUUUAUGGACUGUUUUGGAUUAAGAUGUUUUCUACAGUUUUAAUAUAUUCCUAAAAGGAUUGUGCUUUGACUCCUUAAAGAAAAUAAUCAUGGUGUUGGCUGACUAUUAUCUGUACCUCUUGCAUAUUUAUUUACUACAGAAUGGGUUAAAUAAAACUCUAUUUCCGCUCAUUA